AUAAAGUGCCUCGAUGUGAAAAUCGCUGGAUCUAGUCGUAAAUCGUUUUCUGUAGUCAGUCAUUUCUCGUCAGGUGUUACUCAUUAGUCACCCGUCUGUUCGAUAGAGAGGGAUCGACAAGGACGAUUAGCUUAGCUCGAAGUUCGUAAGUUUGUUUAAAAGGAGAAGUGGAUUCAAUUUUGUUCUUGAAGUUGUCAGCUUCUACUAAAUUCAAUUGUCUGAACAAUCUUUCUGAAUAAACUUUCAAGUAAGUCAACCCAUUAAUUAAAACUCUAUGUUUGUCAUGUGAUUUAGCUCACAGCAUUCUCUUCUGUCAGUCAUUAACUAUAAAAUAAAGAAAGCACAGCUUUCUAUUGAUGUUACAUGAUCUGAAAGAUGCUGGUGUGUAUGUUUUCUAAAUUUAAAAUAUAGUGAAACAGGAUAUGUUUAGGCUUGGAAAAAAAAAAAAAAGGACAAUGAACGAACGUUUCGGCCAAAUGCCUUCUUCGGCAAACAAGACACAACAAGAAGUAACAAUUUAUUUAAAAUUAAACACACACACACACACGCACGUCAAUGUAUCCAGAUAGAAAGUAGCUAUAUAAAUCAAGGAAGUUUAAGGUCCUUUUUACUCAAAGAAUCCGUACGUUACCCUUAACCUGCCUGUCGUUCUCUUUCUAUAUAUGAACCUUGUCAAUACUCAUUUCCGCAAAGCUAUUUUAACAUUAUGUAACUGCAAAUUUUUGAUGUGAAUCGCGGUGAGCCCAGCUCUAGGUUGGGGGUCCCGCGCUUUUAUAAGACCACUAUAAUGAUAAUAAUAGAAGCUUAUAAAACAUUCUAUAAGUGCCCCCGCUCAAACUGACUAGCCCAUUUCGCGAAAAUUCAUGAUCAGAAUUGGCACCGUGCUACUAAAUUAUGUGCAUAACUCAAGAUGUUUGGAGUAUUAAGAUUUAAAGUAGAGGAGGUACCGACAUUGACACCAAUGGACGAAGUCAGUAUGGGCUUAAGUUGUGCUGGAGACCAGUCCAUGAUUAAACAUCCAUUGCCCUUGUGGGCGGGGGGGGGGUAUGUAUUUGGUUAAAGACCGUUGACUUGAACUUAACACUGCGUUGUAUGCUAAUGACUUACUUAUUUACUUUAGUUUUCUUCUUGCUUUGCUGCGAAAGUCGUUGGUUUUUACUUUAGAAAAACUGGAUUAUAGGUAAAUCCGGCACUACAUAUGCCUCUCUACAUGUGCAAGAAAUACUUCAUACUUCCUUCACAGUUCCUCUGCGUUAAUUAGGUUACAAUGUAUGUUAAUAUUAUCUUUUUAAAAAUAAUUUUCGAUCUGUUAAAAAAAUUGUAUUCCCGACAUCGUUCGACAGCUUCCUGGAAAGACGCACCCCUAUUUAGGGGUUUUUAGAUUCUAUCGUCAAAUAGUUAUCAUUAUUUUAUCUAUACAUAACAAUAUUUUUUGUUUGAUUCGUGUCUAAACAUGUGCAGUUAUCAAGGCAUUUAUAAAGAAUCAUAUGCCCUUUAGAUUUUAUUUAAUGGUUGCUUUCUACCUUCCCCAAUCUUCUAAUUUUAGUUUAUUGGCGAGUCAGUUAAGAAAAAAAACAAAAAAAAACGAAAGUUUCUGUAAAAGGACGUGACAACAGUGAACCGUGACUCGAAAGUAAACGGGUCGGUUUUUAUUAGCUAUGUAGAAUGAUAAAACGGAAAUUUCCUGUAUUGAACUUUCACUUCCAUGCACGAGCUACGUUGACGAAGUGGGAUGUCAAUUUCGUUUUUUUUAUUCAUCGUGCUGUAACUGAACAUUCGUUGGAUUUGUUUGUUCCCCCUCUUUCAACAGAUUUGUUCCCCCUCUUUCAACAGAUGGCGCAGCGUCUCUAUUUAGGAUAGCGAAAAACGUUCAUUCUGCUCAAAUGAUAAGAUUUCAUCGUUGAUCUAAAUUACCAAUAAUCUUAAAAUUUGAUUUAAAGAUACGUAAACAAGUUUUUUUAAGAUGAUUUUCCAAUAACCAAAACCCUCGGUCAUCGUGUAAAAAGAUGGUGAACUUGAAGUCAUUGUUGAUGAAUCUACUGGCGGUCACGUGCUUCGUCCUCUCUCAUCUAUACUUCGCAAAUGGCAGCUUCAUAGUCUUACAGAACCAGAUAGCAAAGCUUGCAUCUCUAGCGUCCAUUGCGGAAUCUCCGCCAUGUGAUGACCAGACGUUAUGUAAACGGAGCUUCAAUGAGACGACCUGUCUCCAAAAACACGUCUGCUUCCCCGAUUCGGUCUGCAACGGAAGGAAAGGUCUCCCAGCUGUUGAAUAUCCUUUCAGUAACUGGCAGGCGGCCAAGAAUAAAACGGGAUGCACUUUGAGCAGCACCCCACCUCCCCAGCCCCCGCCCACCACUGGCUCUCUGGCGGGUGCUAAAACACUUUUGGUCAACGGGAGCGCUGACCAACUGGAUACUUGUUUCGCCCAGAGAAAUGGAUCCCUGGGGCCUAGGUUCACUCUUGUGUUUUGGCUCUAUGCUGAAUGUAGAAAUUGGUGAGUUAUUUUUUUUUCAUCCCAAGAAUUACAAAUACAUUGUUUUUUUUAAAAUGUAGAUGAGAAGAUGAGGGAAAUUUGUACUCCGGCAAAGUUACAAAGAAAGGGAUGUUUAAGCCUACUGGUACUUGCAAGUUUUUUGUUAUAAGAAAAUGAAAAAAAAAAAAAUGAAGUUGAAGUUUAAACACCAUGUCAUAUGUAGUAUGGAAAUUAAUAAAGGUAAAUAAAUGAUGGAACCAAAAUUAUAAAAAUAAAUAUAUUUUCAGAGCGUUGAAGGUUUGUUUUAAUGACAAAACAACGCAACCCUACAGAGAUAAAUCAAUAUCAAUUCUGAUCUUUACUGACUGCCCAACUCAACUCCACAAAGUGAAAUUAAAUACAAAAUAGCCAUAACUAUUUUCAUUAUUUUUAACUAAACUAGUCUAUGGAAAAAACGUAAAAAUAUUUUUAAUUUUUUGAAUCAUGUGUUUUUAUUUUGUGCUUUUUUUUUAAAGUGAAGCAGAUUGAAGGAACAUGGUAAAUAAGACGUUUUGUUUGGGCCAUCACAAAAUUAAUGCUCCCUUUAUGGGAACACUGCUAUAUGCCAAAUUAAAAUAACUGAGAUUGCACAGUUGACGUUAAAGAGCCUUUUAACUUGGUGCCAAAUAUUUAUUCUAACCAUGUGUUGUUUUUCCCAAAAUUGGGUCUGUUCUUCGUCUGUUUUCAGUUUCGUGUGUCAUAAAGAUGCACCAUAUAUAUUACAUGAAGAAAGAUUUUCAGAGUAAUAUUUUAAAAAAUUGGAGAGAUUUGGGGUUUUAUAUAUAUAAUUAUAUAUAAGGCCUAUUAGAUAUAUAUAAUUAUAUAUAUUAAAUAUAUAUUUUAUAUUAUAAUUAAGACAAACUUUGCUCAAUGGUUAAACAAUAUUUUUAAAAACAAUAUAAUGCAUUACUCUUGAAAAUACAAUUACAUUUCCUUUGAAAAAUGUGUUAAUUUUUCAAGUCUAAUGUUCUUUUCUUUCAGUUCUGUCAUUGAGAUGCCACAAUCUGCAAACAAUGCUGCAAUACAUAUAAGAAUUGUGAACAAUACAACUGUAUGUGUGGAAAGUCUCGUGAGAAGUCUCUGCAAGGCUGACAUGAUCACAAAACAAUCAAUAGCCAUGUUCAGUAUUAGGGUAAACAUCUGGUUGUUCAUUAACAAACUUUAAGUUAAAAAAAAAAGAUUUCCUUCAUGUCAGCCGAACCGUAGCCUAUACAUGAUAUUAGAUCAAAAAUUUAAAAUAAUGAAAAAUAAAGUAAUUAUUUCAAUAUAUUUAAAAGUAAUAACACAAUAUUGCAACAAAACAAAACAUUUUUUUUUUUGGGUGGGGGACAAAUCUGUUGUUGGACAAAAACUCCUUGAAAAAAUAAAUGAAUGAAAUAGCAAAAAGAGGUACGUGGAAGCUUGAAUUAGAGAACAGGACAGAAAGAUUAGGAUGUUUCGGCAUAAAGCCUUCUUCACCUAACAGUAGAAAUGAAAAUAUAACAAAGAACAGAGCACAGUAAACAACUCAAAAAGUAUUCAUUGGUGUCGCCGGAAGGGGGAACACAGGAAGCGAGAGAAUAUAAAUAUUGACACUGUGUAAAAUGAGGUCCUCAAUAAUGAUGGACAAGAAUAUCCAGGGAUACAUAAACACACAGCAAUUAGAAAAUAGAUGAAAUAUAGGGAAACAGAGAAACGUCAGUAGGAUAUUAUUUGAUUAAUACCAUAUGGAGAUAUGGUGCCAAACAGCUGAAUAAAUUUAUUUUCCAUUUUAACCCUCUCUGGUGAGUUACUGCAUGAAAUCAGUGCUGUAAUGGUUACAUCCAAUGCACCUUUAUGUUCUUUUCUGUUGAUUGCUAUUUAAUUCAUUUACUAGGCUUGAAUGCAUUCCUUUAAUUUAUAGAAAAAAUAAGGGGAAACUAAACUAAAAUGUCCAGUUCUGUAAAGAUCCCAACAAUUAUAAAAAUAUAGUAAUUUGUAAGUAGUGUGCAUUUUAAGACAUACAGAAAAAAACCUUUUAUGCCACACAAAAUAUGGGUCUUUUUGUAAUGAUUAAAAGUCAGUGAAAUUGUGACCUUUAGCCAAAUAUUUAUAUUGAAGAAGAUUAAGUAAUGACUAUAUUAUUUUAAAUCUGCUAAAAUAGAGAUUUUUUUCACUGAAUAGAUAUAAUCUCCUUUACAGGUUAUAGAUAGUAAAUUGGACAUCUUUAUUAACCAGAACUCAAUGAACUUAACAAGUGGUGGAUUCAACAAUGUUUCUGUUUCAAACCUAUAUAUUGGAAACAGUGAAAGUAAGAUUUAAAUUUUGGAUUUACUUUUUAUUAAUACACUUCUCAUUUUUGAGAGUAUAUCCAUAAAUCCAUUAAUAAUGAUAAUUUCUUUGUCUUUCUGCAGUUCCUCGAAUGAAUGACAUAUUUUACUUGCAUGAUGUUAAAUUCUACAAUGAUUCACUAUCAAGCAAGUAAGUGGCUUCUUUUUAAAAAAAAAAUUAUGCAGCAUUAAUAAUCGUUCUCUUUCUUUGUAUUUGUUGAGAUUAUUGACUAUUAAAAAAAAUACAAAUUUAAAAAAUAGCAAUUCAAUCAGUGACUUGUGCUUUAUUCAUUGCUAGAAUUAUAUAAUUCUGUAUAGUUGGACAUGCCUAUCUCAUUACUGUUAUUUUGUCAGGUGUAUAGGCCUAUAAUACUGGCCAAUAUGUCCCCAAAGGGAAGUAAUUCUGUUUUCAGUUGUUUAAUUUUUUUAAAUGUAGAGAGUUUCACUUAAAUAAAAGUAAUGUUUGUGUAUACAGUCUGUAACAGGUUCAUUUUGUAUAAAUUUAAUUCAGACACAAUAGUUUCAACUUCUAAAAUAAUGCUAUUAAAAAUAACUUUUUUAAUUAUAAAGAACUUUUUUAAUUAUAUACAAAAUAAAAUGAGUAAAACAGAGUAGGGUUAAACCUGAAAAAAUAAACGCAACAAAACAGCGAACGUGUCGGCAGAAAGCCUUCAUCAGCGAACAAAACAACAGAAAAAACGGUAUAAAAAUAAGAAAUAGCACUUAGCUGGUAAGUGCUAUUUCUUAUUUUUAUUUUUAUACCGUUUUUUCUGUUGUUUUGUUCGCUGACGAAGGCUUUCUGCCGACACGUUCGCUGUUUUGUUGCGUUUAUUUUUUCAGGUUUAACCCUACUCUGUUUUACUCAUUUUAUUUUGUACUAACCUGAUUGCAGUCUCUCCCCUUAUUACCCCCUUAAUUAUAUACAAUCUCCCAAUAUACAUUUGGCCUAUAUCACUGAAAUAAUAUAGGCCUACAGUCAAUUCAAACAACAAAUCACUUUAGUUUCACUUAAUUCAUAGAAAGAAAUUAAAUUCCAUCAAAGCUAUAUUUGAUGAGACAAGAGUUUAUGGGGCUUUGUAGUUUGAAGCAUACUUUGUUUAUCAGUGUCUGCCAUGUCAUGUUAUUGGGACGUUCUGAAAAAAAGACAUAAAGAGUCUAUUAUUUCUAUGCAACCUUAUUUACAACAUCUGUGGAAAUUAUUAGACCCCAAUGGUUGGCUUGUGAUGAUUUUAUCAGAGGAUAUGAAAUUUUAUAAACAUGUUGUUUUUGUUAAUAGAAAAGGUCUAUAAUGUGUAAAAUUUAUGUGCCUUAGAGCAAAUGAUAGUUAAUAAUUUCAGAUUUUGACUGCAAUAAAACUUAAUAAAAUCAAAAGACAAAAAGUACUCUCAAAUGUUAAAGUUACAUUUAAAUUUGUAUUUUAUUUAUUUACAGUGAGCUUGCAGAAAUAGAGACAGGAUUAGUGGAGCCAGUGGAGGCCAGUGAGUGCCAAUGUCCAAUCGAGUUCUUUGAGAGAUUAAAAAAUGAUAGCAAUACAUGCACAAAUGGUAUAAAAACAUUCCCGAGAUUUAACAGAACAUUAAACUAUUACACUCCUGAUUAUAUAAAAGACAAUAUAACACAAUCUGCCAGAAACUGGGCAUCAGCAGACAGUGGAGAUGUUAACCUCACUGUUACCAUGGCAACGUCCUUCCAGGUAUUGAAUCUAAUUAUUGUUCUUCUAAACAUUUAAAAAAAAAAAAAGUGAAAAUUAUCAUAUAACUAUUUAUUAUUAUUACAGUGGUCUUAUAUAGAGCUGUACCUUCGUGUAGAGACUGGGCUCACCACGCUUCACAUAAAUAUAUUGGCAAAAAUAAACAUGACAUUAAAAAGUUUAAUUUAUUUAAUUAAAAAACAGCUUUAUUAAAAAAUAUUCUCCCCACCCACCCUAGAACUGUUUAGAUGUCAAGCCAUGGAUGGCACCCAGCAGCAUCUUUUAUCAGUCAGAGGGUGGGGGCGUAAGAAUAAGUUGGGAUAGUACAGUUUGAAGAAAUGUGUCUUGAUUGCAGUUUUGAAGAUCUGGAUGGUCGGUAUAUGACGGAUGUGUAAUGGAGAGAAUUCCAUUUUUUGGGGGCACAAAGAAAAAGAAAGUUCACCAUAAUAUGUUUUAGUGUGUUUAUUAGGAACAGAAAGAAUAAGCAUGUCAGCGGAGGAGUAAAGAUGUUGAAGGGGUGAAUAGACAGAAAGAAGUUCAGUUAGAUAGAAAGGGCAGGAAUCAGAGAAAAAUUUGUGUCAGAGAACAAAAAAUUUGUAAUCGAUGCGUGCUUGUAAAGGGAGCCAAUGAAAUGAGUUAAGAAGUGGAGUGAAGUGAUCACGUUUUUUGCAGUUAGAACUAACCUAGCAGCCGAGUUUUGAAUCUUUUGGAGUUUUUCAAUGAAAAGUUUUGGUGAACCUGACAGAAGAGAGUUGCAAUAGUCAAGACAAGAGAGAAUAAGAACACAGACUUGGGUUUUCGUUUUGUGUUAAAGAAAAGUUUAUAUUACUUAAAUAAUAUAUCAUUGUCUUUUUUCUCAGGAUUGCAUUAUUAAAUGUAUAUACUUAAAACAUUCAUAUCUUUAUAGAUUGACCAUAUUGAAAUCAUGUUCGACUCAGAAGUUCCAAAGGCAGUAUCAGCCAUUUUUAUUUCUAGUGGUCUUGAGAAGAUGCCCAAGUUCUUUACUUGUGUCAACAAGAUCUGCUCACUUAAUACGUAAGUUUUUAGAUUGUAAUCUAAAUUUUUCAAAUAUACUCUGUUUGUACAGAUGUGAUGCCCCUUUCAACAUAAUUUAUAUUUCUUGUCAAUCUCUUAAAAUGCUUGAGGGAUAUUUAUUUUUUUUAUUGCCAGCUAAUGGUUUUUCACUAUUUUAAGGACUUCUUUGAUCAACAACAUCACAGUUUCAGACUAUCAAGGCCAGAUUGCUGACAAAAUUAAAAUCCUUUUACAAAGACAAAAUGACAUGAUUAUUCAAAGUUUUGUCUUAACCAAUUUAACUAUUUCUGGAAGGUAAAGAUUCUAAAACCAUUUUUAUAAAAUUGUAAAUAUAUAUAUAUUACAGUUUGCUUAUUAAUUUUUUACAAAAUUAGUAAAUAUGAACUCUAUUUAACACAUUAAAAAUAUAUAAAUGUCAUUUAAUCAUAGCCUUUCCAAGUACAAUGCUUUUAUUAUUUUGCUAGACUUUAAUUUCUUAUUAAAAACAUAAUUAUUUUUAAUAAUAAAAUCUCCUUAAAUGUUUAUUAAAUUACAAUCAGUGUCUGUAAUAACAGUGAAAAAACAAAAAACAACAACAAAUAUUUAUAAUUAUAUAUAUGAUAUAUGUCGUCAGAUGUGAUUGUAAUGGAAAUGCAGCAGGCUGUUCUGAGAUCAAUGAAACUUAUCGCUGUGUAUGUGAUCCUGUAAGUCAUACUCAAGGAUCUGACUGCAGAGUAUGCACACCUCCUUACUAUCGCAAUCUAGAUCAGUUUGACUGCCCAAGAGAAUGCCAGUGUCAUCCUGAUGGUAUAAUGAACAGCUCACAUCCAUGUGAGAAGGUGACUACAUUUUUAAUUUGCAAAUUCACCAGGCUCAGAUAUCUAUUUUAAAAGUUAUUUCUAUGGUGUCUAAUAUUUUAAAAGUAUUUGUCUUAAAAUUAUGUAUAAAAUAAGUUAUAUUAUGUCAAAUAAAGAUAUAAAAAAUUAUAAUUAAAAAGCAAAAUGUUCAGCUUCAACAGUAAUGAUAAAUUUAUCAGUGGUCAGAAAACUUUUUUGAGUAAAAAGCUAUUUUAUAUAUAAUUUCUCCGAAGAAAUUUUUAGGGAGUCACAGACAGUACAGAUUGAGAGAGUGAAGGUUCACAUUACACCUGGAGUAAUAUUUCACUUCUGAUACUUAAAACUAAGAAAUUACAUUAAAGAUAUUAUGCUUAAAUUAAAUAUUCACUCUCUUAAUUAUUAAAAUCUUUAUUUAAUUUCAAACUCGUGGCUCCAGAACCACAGGUUGCCUACCACUGAUAUGUAUGAGCAAUAUCAUUAAAUACACCUAGAAAUUCUCUACAAAUGUUUUAUUAUUUGUUAUUAGCCCAUUCUAUCACUUUAAAUGGAAUAUAUUUAUAUUUGCAUGUUAAUUUAAAAUAAUUGUCUUUGCAGCUUAAAAUGUGUUAUUUUAUUGUUUAAAAUUGUACCAAAGAAAUCUCUAAAAUGAGAUUGUAAAUAAAUUGUCCAUUUAUUUAGGGUCAAUGUCAAUGUAAAGCUAAUGUUGAAGGCCCUUUGUGUGACACCUGCAAAACUUUUACCUAUAACUUAAGUAACUCAAACAGCCAAGGGUGCACUCCCUGUAACUGUAACCAGCUAGGCUCAUCUGCAUGCAAGUAUGUCAAGAGAAAUAUAAGAUAAUAUAGUUAAAUUCUUUUAAAAUGUUCUUUCAAACAUUUUUAGAAUACUUUCUUAUUUCUUUUCAUAUCACUUUCCUUCAUUGUUUUUCUUUUAAAAAUCAUUUUUUUUGCACUCUUUCUUUGUUUUUUCUCUGGUAUAAUUCUCAUGUUAAUUUUUUUUUAAAAAUUAUGUAAUAUAGGAGAGUAAAAAAUUAAAUAUGAAUUAAAUUAUUUACUUAUGCAAAAAAAAAAAAAGCCAAAAAUUACUUAACUUGAUUUUUCUACAGUAAUAUUACUGGUCAAUGUUCAUGUAAAGCCAACACCAAGGUUCCAAACUGUGAUGGUUGCAAUGAGUUGUUCUUUUAAAAAUCAUUUUUUUUGCACUUUUUUUUUUUUUUUUCUCUGGUAUAAUUUUCAUGUUAAUUUUUUUUUAAAAAUUAUGUAAUAUAGGAGAGUAAAAAAUUAAAUAUGAAUUAAAUUAUUUACUUAUGCAAAAAAAAAAAAAAAGCCAAAAAUUACUUAACUUGAUUUUUCUACAGUAAUAUUACUGGUCAAUGUUCAUGUAAAGCCAACACCAAGGUUCCAAACUGUGAUGGUUGCAAUGAGUUGUAUUUUGGACUUAGCAAUCCUGAGGGAUGUGCUGCCUGUAAUUGUGAAACAGUGGGGACUAUAAACCAGAGCACCUCAUGUAACCAAACUACAGGCCAGUGUCCAUGUAAAGUUAAUGUUAACGGUAAGAAAACUAAUAAAAAUUUACAUUUUCGCUCUGAAACAAAUUUAUGCCAAAUGUAAUAGGGCGCAACAGAAAAAUGUUAACAUCAAAAAGCUCUGCAUGUAAACAAUAAUCUUGAUCCUAGAGAAUGCAUUAAUUGAUUGUCUAGAUACAUUAUUACGAUUUUAAUAAGCUUAAUAGAAUAAUCAUUUUAUUUUUAAUUUAUUGUGAACAUAUUUUAAAAAUACAUGAUGUAUGAAGUACUUUCUUAUUUUUGAGCUCUAUAAAUUGACAAGUAGGGAUGGGCUCUCUGAGCCCCAGAUGUUUUGUUUUUUCAAUAAAUACUUUUAUUAAAAAUACUAAUGUUACAGGACCCAGAUGCGACACUUGUAAAACUGGUUUUUAUCAGUUAGAAAUAGCAAAUGUUCGGGGCUGCAAACCAUGUAACUGUUCAUUGGUGGGCUCCGUAGAUAAUCAGUGUCACAGCCAAUCGGGUCAGUGCCCAUGCAGAGGAGGAGUUUUCACAGAUAAGCACUGCGUAAGAUUUUGUCUACCUUAUAAUUACAAAAUUUUCAAUCCCCAUAAAAUGCUGCUAUGAAUCAUUUUGUUAAAUUUUAUUGUCCUCAGGAAUUUAAAACAUACUUUUGUUCAUUUAUAUCUUUAAUUGACAUAUACUUCCAUCUAUUCUGCUGUGGUUGCUAAUAAAUUAAAUAUGUCUAUCAUCACAAUAGUUAUGUUUCUUUUUACAUAUAAUAACAAUGAUAAAGAAUUUAUCAAUGUUUAAAAUAAAUAUUUAAACAUUCUGUCAUUUACUACACAAUUUAAAAUACUCGAUAUAAUUUUCUUUAAUUAAUGAAUUCUUGGAUUUAACAAAUAAUUUUUAGGAGUUAUUUAUUUAUGCCACAAUCUUAGACACCAAGAAUAGACUCUGUUGAGCCAGAUUAUGGGCCAAUGCUUGGUGGAACCCUAGUCACCAUCAGGGGCAGCCUCUUGGGAAAUGACACUGAUGCAAUUUCUGUUUUUCUGGAUAAUACCAAACAAGUUGUUAAAUUAGCGUAAGAUGAUUUAUUUUUAAAAACAACAACUAAAGCCUAAAUUAGCUUCUUAUACUUGGAGUUAGUUUAUUUUUUAACCCAGACAAAAUAAUUAUUAUAAUUUUUGUAGGGUGUAUUUAUCAAAUACGACAGAAAACAGUUUAAUGCCUUGUAAAACUUUUUAUUGUUACGCUAUUAUGUUUUGUGGUUCUUCAAUGUUGAAAUAUGGACAUAUUCUAAGGUUUAUAUCUGCUAUUGAUUUUUCAGCGAAGAUAAUUUAAUUAUCUUUAGCACAACAGUUCAUAAUGGAUCAGAAAAGGCAGCUCAGAAUUUAACUUUAAGUUGGGAGCAAGACAGCACACCAGUUUACUCUCAAAAAGACUUCUUAUACAAACCAAACCCAGUGGUAUCAACCAACUCUAUGUUUAUAAAAAGCUUUGUUAGGUAAGCACUCUCAAGAAGAUCAAAUUAGCUAUGAAAAAGGACGUGUGUGGUUUAUGGUUUAUCUGUAUGCAUUUAUUUUAUUGCUUGCUCUCCCUCAACUUAUAAUGGAUUAUGAAUUUGCUAUCAAUUAACAGAGUAUGUUAAUUAAUUGUUGUUAAAAAUGUUACAGAUUGUAGGCAUAUUAAAUACUGUUUUUAAUUUAAAUAACAGUAAGAAAGUUACUGAUAUACCUUUGCUUUGUCAUUACCUUUGUAGUGGAGGCUGUGUUGUUCGUAUCUAUGGAGACAACUUACAGAAUAUUAAGCACCCUCAGCUAGAAGUUAUUAAAAUGGCAGUGCCAAAAAGGAUAGCAUCUGUGGUAAGAUGAAAAAUUAUUUGAAAAAUAAAAGUAUAAUUCUAAAUUUUAACUAUUUAGAAAUUUUAGUUAUGCAUGAAGACAAGAAUGAUUUUAUAAAGGAAAUGAAUCUUUCCUUCACAAAAUUCAGAACUGUCGCCACAACCCAGAUCAUGUAUUGUGCCAGACACCAGAAGUAAACGACCUGUACACAUCAGCACAAGAUAAGUUUCAGUUGACGGCAAGAUUUGAUGGCCUGGUUUUACACAGUAUUGGAAACAUAAGUAUUCAUCCUGAUCCAGUCUUCAAUGACGUGGGCAACAUUAGGUUCCAGUACCCUUUUGAAGACACUAUAACAUUAACAGUAUGCUUUUGCACUUUAAUACCUAAUAACUAACAAGAUUGUUAAAUUUAACAGUUGAAAGUUUGUUUUUUUUCUAAGGCACUCUGACUAGUUGCUUGAAUAAAUCAAUUGGCAUUUUAAAAUUGAUGUCGCUUUCUAGCAUCAAUUACAGUGAAAAAUCUUCAGAUUUGUUGCAGAAAAAUAAUAGUAUGGUUUACUAUGACAAUGCGUUAAUUAUUAUUUAGCACAACUAAUUAGGCUUUAACUUUGACAAAGGGAAAAGACCUGACUGAAGGGUGCCAUACUGAUGAACUUACAGUUUUGUUGGGUGUUGUUAAUUGCUACAUUCACUCUGUGUCAAGUACAGAGAUUGUGUGUCAACCACCUGUUUCACCUUUGAGUGGAGCAACAAAGCUAACAAUAGAGGUACUAAAAUCACUCUUAAAUAUGUUUGCCAACAACAAAGUAUUAAAAUUAAGAUAUAGUAGAAUACAUUUUUGUUACUAACUUUAACAAAAUAAACAUUGUUAACAUUGGAAGUGUCCAUUACACAACUGGAUUUUUUUUCAUAGUCCUUUUAAAACAAAAAAUCAAAUGCAUGAUUAUGCAUUUCUAAAACUAUAUUUAAACUGAAAAAAAUACAAGUUCUUGGUACUAAUACGCAUUUUUGGUUCCAAAAUCAAUUUAUUAUUGUCUUGUUUUUUUCAUCAUAGGUUAGGAUUGGGAACAUAAAAAGAGUAGUUGGCACUAUGGAGUACCUGCCACUUCAUGAAACAACAAAUUUCAUUAUCAUUAUCAGCUGCAUUGCUGCAGGAAUCUUCCUUGUAAUAGUUAUAUUUAUAUUAAUCAUAUGCUGCCGCUGGUAUAGAAACAGAAAAAAGAAUACUAGUACUUUUACACAAUUGGAACGAAAAACACCUAUAGAGAAUAAUACAAUGAAUGAUUAUUCUGAAAGUGAGUCUGAAAUAUUUUUUGGGUAUCCUUUAGAUUUUAUGAGAUGUUUUUUUUGUGUAGAAAUGAAUUAUUUUUCAAUUGAAAUGUAUAAGUUGAAUGUUAAGUACAGAAAUUGAAUGUUAGCAUCUUCAUUUUUUGAACUAUGUCUUUAAAUUUAAUAAUUAAAUAAUCUUUAAAUUUUAUUUAAGCAAUUUAGAGCAUUGCUUGAGGGAUUAAGUAUGGGUUUUCUAUGGACAGACUAGGACUAUUUGCAAAAAAAUAAUCAAAUUUGUGUUAUAGUCACAGUGCUAGUGAAACUAAUGCCGAAUGUCUGUGAACCAGAUUUUGUAUCAGUAGAAAGGGUUUAAAGCAUACAAUUUUUAUAUUUUGAAGUGACCACCCCAGUAAAUUCUCAGCCACCACCAGAAAAUGGAACUGUUCGAAUGGAAACUGUUUUGAAAGAGCCCAAAUUAGGCAUUGUGAACACUUCAGCUGAAGAUGCAAUCUUUAUUGAAGAGUUUAUUCCUAAAGUUGAUGCUGGUCUUAGAGAAGAAAUUCGUCAAUGUUAUAUUGGAGGUGGUCAUUUUGCUGUUGGAAGAGUCUGCAUUGUGAAAGGUAAUUUGCAAAUUUAGUUGAUAGAAUACAAGUUGAUUGCAGACAAAACUUUGGACUACUGUAAAAAACAUACUAUAAAACUCAAAAUUAUAAAUUAUGGUGUUAUGUAAAUUUAAAAUGCUAACAGAAAAUAUGAAUGUCAAUCAAUAAAAUAUCAUGUUCAUUAAAAAUUUAAAAUUCAUACUCCUUUGUGAGACUGAUAGUUAAUUAUAAAAUUAUAAACUAAAUUUUUAAACAGGAAAACAAGCCAUGCUUACUGAUGGAUCCCUUCAAAAUACCAGCACUGUUUCAGGUCAAAAGCUCUAUAUUAAAAUGCCUAUUAAUCUGAUGACAGGUAAAUAACAGCAACAGAAAUAUAUUUUAAUAACUGAUAUUUUAAGUAGCAUAUAAUAUUAAUGCUUAAUUUUAAAUGGAUUAUUGUAAAUAUUUUUAGUUUUUGAAUUGAAAAAAUGUUUCACUAACCAUUGCAAUGCAUACAUUUUACAGAAAGUACACUUCCAUCUUGGGCUAACUUAGCAUUAAGUGAAUGCCUGCGCCUCAAACGCCACAAACACAUUCAUCUUUUGGGUAUAUUAGGAAUAGGCAUUGACAAAAACAGAUUUCAUAUCUUGUAUCCUCGAAUGUCACAAAAUUUCCUCAAAACAGUUGUGUCUGAUAUGAAUAAGGUGAGUUAAACAGCCAUUUUCACUCAAUGGAAGACAUUCAGUUGAAAUUAAUAGUCAAGGAAUGUAUACCAUUAAAAAAAAUGAUUGUUUUCUAAAAGGUUUUUCAUUAAUAAUAUGUUAAAGACUUAGCAAACUGUCAUGCACCAUUUAAUUAUCAAUGAAAAUGGUACAAUUGUGAAGAAAAAAAAAGUGAGAUUAAAAUUUUAUAUUUCACAAAUAUGUGAUACAAUGGUACAUACAUCCUACUGAUUAAAGAUUAAGACCCAAUACAAACUUGAGAUAAUUUCUAUUUUACAAUAAUUAGGAAUUUGAUGUAACUUGAAAAUUCGAGUUUGAGAAAUUUCUCCAUAUGCAUCAUAGUUGUGAUACUCGUGCCAUUUCCAGAAUUUUAGUGUCCGACAACUUUUAAGCUUUGGUCAACAAGUUGCAGAAGGUGUGAAUUUUCUCACUUCAAAAGAUAUUACACAUAAAGAUAUAGCAGCGAGAAAUUGUAUGUAAGUGAUCUUUCUCUUAGUAUCUAAAAAUUACUGUUUUAAAAAUAAAUCAUUUCUCAGACAAUGUUUUUUUUACUUAUAUCAUUGUAAUAACUUUAAACUUUAAUAAGACAAAAUAAAAAUUAUUAUACUCUUGAAUUGUGCUGCAACCAUCUCCCUAUCUUGAUUUUGUAGUUUUCGCAUUGUACAAAAAAGAAAAACUGUUUAAAAUAUUUUGUUUUAAAUUUAGGUUAGAUGAAUCCUUGAUUGUAAAACUUAGUGAUGCUGCUUUUUCUUGGGACUUCUUUCCUGAUGAAUAUGUCUACGAUGAAAAACGAGAACGGUAUCUCCCUAUCAGAUGGAUGGCACCUGAAAGUUUUUCAGAUGGCUAUUAUGAUAUGAGAACAGAUGUGGUAACGUCCUUUUUUUUAAUUUACAUUUUGUUUGUGUUGUUUGUUAUUUGAUGAAAAUAUGUAACAUUCAUGCUGCAAGAGUAUUUUCAUCUUGUUGUACUUAUACAACUUGAUCAAACAUAUAAGAAGACUUAUUCUAUGUCUAAUAAUAGUGUUAAGUAAGGAAAAAUAUUUCCAUUUAUAAUUUAAUUUUCUUUCAUUUCAAACUAAAUUGUAUUCCUUUCAAAUAAUUUAUUAUUAGUCAAUUUACAAACCAAAGUAAACAAUUUUUUUUAUAAAUUAAGUUAUUCCUUUUUUGUGUUAAUCCCCUUAGUGGUCCUUUGCUGUACUCGUUUGGGAAUUAUUAACUAGGGGCUGCAUGCCUUUCCAUGAAGUUGAUGAUUCUGAUGUAAAAAAUUAUGUGCUGGAAGGAUACAUUCUAGGCAAACCAGACACGCUUUCAGAUGAUGUGUAAGUAAAUUUAUAAUCCUUCUCUCAUGUCUUUCAGGUCAGCAUAAUAAUGAAUAAUACACAAAUUUAAUUUUAAUUCGCUUUUCUUAUGAGGUAAUUAAUAUGAGGUAAGACAAAAAUGCUCUUAAGAUUCUUAUAAAACAAAUAACACAUUUAUUUUUUCAGGUAUGAAGUGCUAAAAAGUUGCUGGUCACCUGAAAAUGAAAACAGACCUUCCAUAGCGGCUGUCUCUCGGUCACUAGGGGCAAUUCUUGAAGCAGAUGAUGAAAUAUAUGCAAAUACAAAGAUUAAUACUUCCUUCAGAUCUCAGCAUGCAAGUGGUUUAGCUGCUAGUCCACGACAUCGGGAUUUAGGUAAUCAAAAUAUUUACAGUGCAACAAAUUUCAGUAGAGUAUGAGUGACACACUUGUAAAUAGUCCUUAUCAUGGAUCAGAUCAAAUCAACUCUGAAGACUUUAUUUGAACAUUCAAUGUGUGAUCUUCUGGUCAUAUUCAUUAAAUAACUGUUCACACUGCAUGAAGGAUGAAAUGCCUUUGUCAACUAAAGCCAAGCUCAGCACUGCUUCUGUAAGAGAUAGAACAGAGCUUUUUCCUUUGCAAACUGAAUAACUGAAAUUCAAAAAUUAGUUUUCAGCCAUAAUUUCACUCUGCUCCAAGCUCUGUACUGGUUGAAAACUCAUUUUUGUACUUAAUUAAAAGCUUUUUUGUCUACGGUACUCAUCAAAGACUUAACUAUUGCUGUCAACCAGGUUACAGAAAAUAGAAGUACACAACCUUUCAAUCUGAUCCAGGCAGUGUUUAAGUGAAGGGAAGUAUUUGUGUUCUUUAACGCUUUGUAUCAAUAGUAGAGGUCAGCAAACUUUGUUGUAACUAGGCCAAGAGAAAAAAAAAUUACUUAAGUGCAAGGUGGGUCCUAUAUUUUUUAUUAGCAUCCCAAUUGAUGGGCUGAUGGAGUUAUUUCCAUCUUAAAAGUGGAGGGACCUAUUCCUUCGUGCAUUUAGGAUUUUAACAUAAAAUCAUUUCCAUCAGGAAGUUCUGCUAUCAUCAGAGCAGAAUCUUAUUCAAGUUAAAACAACUGUAAAUAAUAUAAUUUCAUUCUCUUAAUUUAUCAUUAUAAAUAUUGUUACUUUGUAUUUGUUACAUUCAUUCAGCUUUUACUUAAGGGGAUGAUUGCACUCAGAAAUCAAUGUAGUGCUCUGCACACUAUAAACAAUUGAUUUAAUGUUAUUAUAGAUUUGAAAUCACAAUUUAAAAAAAAAUUAAGCCUUUUUAAAUAAAUUCUAGUUAUCUGUUAUGUUCUUAGCCAAAGGAGAAUACAUACUUUACUUAACACAAUCAUCCAGCAAAUAAAUACUUGUAAGUAAUAUACUGUUAAGCUUUUGUAUAAUUUUCACAUUGUUGAUGUAAAAUAUUUUAAUGGUUAAGCCUAGCUGUUAUGAUUUGCUUUUGAUAAUCAAGUUAUGUGGCUAAAUGUCUUUCUUUGUACAUGAAUUCUACUGUGAUAGUAACUUUUAACUAUGUAGAUGUAUAAGAAACACUGGUUGUUUUUGUUUUUUUUGGGGGGGGGGGUUUGCUCCAUGAUACUAUUAAAAAGGCUUUUUUUUUUUUUGGGGAAAUUUCAUCUUGAGAUGAAUUAUUAAAUAAUUUAUAUUAAAUAUUAAUAAUGAAAAAAAAUUAUGAUUAAGCGGCCCUCCCACACUUAAGAUGAAAAUGUUAUCCAUUUUAUUGGAAAAGAUUUUUGUUCAGUCUUUUUUCCAUCACACAUAGUUGUCAACCAAGAAGUCUGUACCCUGAACAUAUAAUAUUGUAUUGUAUUAAUUACUAGUUCUCAUAUUUUUCUGUAUUAGAGCCAAAAGAAAAUUCCCAACAGUAUUCAGCUUAUGAGGAAGCUGAGGGCAGGAGCCUUAAAAUGUUUAAUCUAUUUUUAUCUUCUAAGCUUAUAGUCAAUAGAAGGAUACCUGCUACUAACUUACAGUUGAAUUACUGUUAGUCACCAGGACCUGUAUUUAUUACUAUAUAAAACAUUGUAUGUUGUUUUGGUAUGCUUGGGAAAUUCCAUUAUGACUGAAAAAGAUGAUAGCUUGCCACAAAAAUGAUUUGUAUAUUAUUUUUUUUAAAAUUUAUUGGUACCGUAAAAUAUUUUUAUUAUAAAUUUGUAAUUGUGAUGUUUCA